GUAAAUGGGGACUGUGACCUUUGUUCUAGGCUGCGGGAGUCCCUGAGCAAGGAGGCCAGGAGAGAUGGGUGGGGACCAGAAAUCCGCAGGCCAUCUGUGACCAACGGGAGUCCUGACCCUCCUCCCAAGCGCGAGGCCCGAAUGUCCCUCGCUCCCAGUGCGAGGGGCAGGCCCGGAUUGGCUGCUAGGGUGUCUGCUAGUGGGGAUGCAUGUCAGCAAGGCAUAUCUUCUGUGCCUUUGUUAUGGUGAUGACUAAGAAGAGCCGAGGUAGAACUUGAUGCAAGGACUGGUGAGUGUUAGAGCUGGAGGAAGCCACAGACGGCCGGCCAUGAGGCAUCUUUGCUGCUCAGAAGUCUGCAGACCCUGGGGCUGUGAUGGCGAAGGUGGAGACAGGGGCUGCUGUAGAGCUCCAGGGGCUGCCCCCUGACGUGCCGGAUGAACUGCUCACUCUCUACUUUGAGAACCGCCGACGCUCUGGUGGGGGGCCUGUGUUGAGCUGGCAGAGACUUGGCUGUGGGGGCAUCCUUACCUUUCAAGAGCCUGCAGACGCAGAGAGGGUCCUGGCCCAGGCAGAACAUAGGCUACAUGGUGCCAGGCUGAGUCUGCGAUCAGCCCCACCACGCGCCCCUGCACGUGUGCUUCUCCAAGGACUGCCACCUGGCACUUCACCCCUGAGCCUGGAGCAGCAUGUCCAGACCCUGCUGCGUGCCACGGGGCACCCAAUACAGGCUUGCCGUGCCUUGGACAGCCCCCGGCAGGAUCGUGCCCUGGUCCAGCUGUCAAUGCCCCUUUCUGAGGCAGAGGUCCAUUUCCUGGAGGAGCAGGCCCGGAAUGUGGGACUGGAUGGGGCCUCAGUGUCUGUGACCUGGGUGCCCCAAACCCAAGCAGUGCGUGUGGUGGCAAGUACCCCUCCUGUGGACAUGCUGCUGCUGGAGCUGUACAUGGAGAGUGAGCGCCGCAGCGGUGGCGGCACCUUGGAGGGCCUGCGCAACCUGCCCAGGCAACUGGGCACAGUUGUCUCCUUCCAGCAGUGGCAGGUGGCUGAACGGGUGCUACAACAGGACCAUUGGCUGAACGGCUUCCAGCUAAGCCUUGUCCCCCACUACGAUGUCUUGGAACCAGAGGAGCUUGCCGAGGGCAGUGGUGCAGGGGACCACCCAACCACGCAGAGCCCUGGGGCCAUUGAGCAUACUCUCCAGGGAGCUGGAGGGCUGGCAGAAGUCCUGAUAGAUGUAGAGACUCUGCCUGUGGACCCUGAAGAGGCACCAGAACAAUUAGGAGCCUCUCUAAGAGCAAAUCUUGUGGGGACUUCAGGGCAAGCUGUGCCAGUUGACUCAGGGUCCAUGGGGUCUCUGGAGCAAGACAGACCCAUAAGUCUGGGUAUUGGAUCUCCAGAGCAGUCUGUGUUCAUGAGCCAGGGUCUCAUGGAGUCUGCAGACUCAGUGGGCCCAGUAGAAAGCUUUACAGAAUUGCUGGGGCAAGUCAUGGGUCCAGGAUCCCCAGAAGUGCCGGGGCAGGAGGGCCUGGUGGAAAUGGUGGUUUCCAUGGAGCCAGGCGCCAUGCGCUUUCUACAGCUUUAUCACGAGGACCUUCUCACCAGCCUAGAUGACAUUGCCCUCUUCCCACUUGAAGGAAUGGAUGUGGCUGGCUUUCAGCUCUGUGGAGCCAGAGUCCCAUGCCAGGCAGCCCAGGAGUUGCUACAGAGUCUGCUGGGCAGCAUUAGCUGUCACAUGCUGAGACUGAAGCACCCAGGCAGUGCCAGGUUCCUGCUGGGCAUGGAAGGGCAGCACCUUCUCCAAGGGCUGGAGGCUCAGUUCCAGUGUGUCUUUGUGACAGACCAUCUGGCCAGUGCUAUACUGAACACAGACUCUGCAAAGGUAGAUCUCACUGAGGCGUUUCAAGUCCUCUCCAGCCACAGUGACCAGGAGAACACGAGUCUAGAGGAAGUCAGAAAGCUGCUGACCACCCUAGAGGUCCUAGAUGGGGAGGACUGCAUGCCUCCAGAGCUAGGGGAGAAGGACCCUGAGGAACAGCCAGAGGAGGAGGCCCUGCCAGGGCUGGAGAAGGAAAAGCCCACACCUGAGUUUGGGGAGGAACCUGUGGCUCCCAGCACCAGAGCUUCUGGGUGGCUAGAGGAGGAAGUCACACUGCAGCUGGCCAUCCACCAGUCACUGGAUCCUCAAGGCCAGGUGGCUGAGCAGGAAGAGGCUACUGCACUCAGGCAAGCCCUGGCCCUCUCCCUAUUGGAGCAGCCCCUGCUAGAGGCCAAAGAGCCUCUGGAUGGGAGUAUUGGUGGCAGGGCCCAGCUGGUGGUACACGCACCCUUUGAGCAGGAUAUGGAUGAACUGGACAAGGCCCUAGCAACUGCCUUGGAGGCACAUUUUCGGGAGGAGACAGUGAAUCUUCAGGGCCGUGUGCUGCCUGCUGAGCUUUGGGCUCGCCUAGAACAAUGCCAUGGUGUGAGUGUUGCCCUGCACGGUGACUGCAUUGUCCUCCAUGGCUUUGGGGCCCAGCCUGCCCGUGCAGCCCGCCACUUAACUGCACUCCUUCUUGGCCCCAAGGAUCAGAGUUUGGCCUUUCCCUCAAGCAACACCUUGUCAGGACAGAGUCCAAAGGGGCCCAUGGGCAGGCUAGAGGGCCUGGCACAGAGCACUGAGGAGUUCCAGGAAGUGGUACAGGCCUUUUACAACACCCUGGAUACUUCCCACGGCAGAAUCUGCAUCAUCAGGGUGGAGCGGGUUUUGAACCCGCUGCUGCAGCAACAGUACCAGCUGCAUCGGGAGCUCAUGGUACAGCGCUGCGAGCAACGCCAGGCAGAGCAGGUACUGUACCAUGGCACAUCAGCAGCCGCUGUGUCUGACAUCUGCGCCCACGGCUUCAACCGCAGCUACUGUGGCCGCAAUGGCACACUCUAUGGGAAGGGCGUGUACUUCGCCAAGCGCGCCUCCCUGUCAGUGCAGGAUCGCUACUCGCCCCCUGACGCAGAUGGCCACAAGGCGGUGUUCGUGGCGCGGGUGCUGACCGGCGACUACGGGCAGGGCAGCCGCAGUCUUCGGGCGCCUCCUCUGCGGCCCUCUGGCCAGCUCCUGCGCUACGACAGCGCUGUGGAUUGCCUCCACCAGCCCAGCAUCUUCGUGAUCUUUCAUGACACCCAGGCCCUGCCCACUCACCUCAUCACCUGCAAGAACAUGCCCCGGGCUUCCCCCGAGAGCUCCUUUGGUUUCGUUGACCCUUCCCUGGACACCUAACCCCAGAGGUCAGCCUCUGGGUCCUGACUCCGCAGACUGUCGCCCUGCGUUUAGCUAGAGGGCCUGGACCGCAGCUCCCCAGGAGGCCCAGAUCGGGCCCAGCGCCACCAGCAGGGGUCAGCAGAGCACAGCGGGAGGUUCGCUGGGCAGACACACCCGCCUGGGUGGGACCUUGCCGGGGCGCGGUUCUGCCGGGGAAUAAACCUGUGGGGCUGCUGCUA